GGCGUGUUUCCACUGAAACGGUGUGCGCGCUCCCGCAGCAACAGGGAAGAUGGCAGCGCUCACAUCUCUCACUCAGUUAGCAAGUGGGAACCCUGUGUACGAGAACUACUACAGACAGGUGGACCCAGGGAACACGGGGAGAGUGGGCCCCACUGAAGCAGCCCUCUUCCUGAAGAAGUCCGGACUUCCCGACAUCACCCUGGGGAAGAUUUGGGACCUGGCAGAUCCGGAUGGGAAGGGAUUCUUGGAUAAACAGGGAUUCUACGUGGCACUGCGGCUGGUGGCGUGCGCGCAGAACGGUCAGGAAGUCUGCCUGUCCAGCCUGGGCCUGACCAUACCGCCGCCCAAAUUUAUGGACACUAGCAGCCCAUCUCUUAGCACAGCUUCAUCCACCAGUGAAUCCCAUUGGGCUGUCAGGCCGGAAGAAAAAGGGAAGUUUGAUGGGAUUUUUGAAAGUCUGGCACCAGUGAAUGGACUCCUAUCUGGUGAGAAAGUCAAACCAGUGCUAAUAAACUCCAAACUACCUCUGGAUGUUUUAGGAAGGGUGUGGGACCUCAGCGACAUAGAUAAAGAUGGACACUUGGACAAAGAUGAAUUUGCUGUGGCCAUGCACCUGGUCUACCGCGCCCUGGAGAAGGAGCCCGUCCCCUCUGUCCUCCCCUCCUCCCUCAUCCCCCCCUCCAAGAGGAAGAAGUCCGUGGGGGUCCUGCCCGGGGCGGUCCCUGUGCUCCCUGCCAGCCCCCCGCCCCCCAAGGACAGCCUGCGCUCCACCCCGUCCCACGGCAGCAUGAACUCCCUGAACAGCGCCGGGAGCCUGUCCCCAAAACACACGCUCAAAUCCUCACAGCAGUCAGUGAACUGGGUGGUCCCAGUGGGAGACAGGGGGCGGUACGAUGACAUCUUCCUGAAGACUGACGCUGACCUGGAUGGCUUCGUCAGCGGACUGGAAGUGAAGGAUAUCUUUAUGCACUCAGGACUUCCGCAGAACCUGCUGGCUCAUAUAUGGGCUCUGGCUGACACCAGGCAGAUGGGGAAGCUGACUCGGGAGCAGUUCUCUCUGGCCAUGUACCUGAUCCAGCAGAAGGUCAGCAAAGGAGUGGACCCCCCCCAAGCCCUGACCCCCGAAAUGAUCCCGCCAUCGGAGCGAAGCACCCCUGUCCCUAGCCUGUCAGGGUAUAUGACUCCAGUAGGAUCUGAAAUGGCUGCUCUAACUGAAAUGCGCCGUGACAGCACCAGCUCUGUGGGCUCUGGGGAAUUCACUGGAAUCAAAGAACUGGACGACAUCAGCCAGGAGAUCGCUCAGCUGCAGAGGGAGAAAUACACGCUGGAGCAGGACAUCCGGGAAAAGGAGGAGGCGAUCAGGCACAAGUCCACCGAGGUUCAGGAGCUGCAGAACGACCUGGACCGGGAGACCAGCAGCCUGCAGGAGCUGGAGGCCCAGAAGCAGGACGCCCAGGACCGACUGGAGGAGAUGGACCAGCAGAAGGCCAAGCUGGAGGACAUGCUCAACGAGGUCCGGCAGAAGUGCCAGGAGGAGUCCCACAUGAUCGCCACGCUGCAGAGCCAGAUCCACUCGCAGGAGUCGGACUUGCAGGGCCAGGAGGAGGAGCUGGUGCGGGCCAAGGCCGACCUGAACCGGCUGCAGCAGGAGGAGUCCCAGCUGGAGCAGAGCAUCCAGGCCGGCAAGGUCCAGCUGGAGAACAUUAUCAAGUCCCUCAAGGCCACCCAGGACGAGAUCAACCAGGCCCGCAGCAAGCUGUCCCAGAUCCAGGACAACCAGCAGGAGGUGAGCCAGAGCAUCGAGCAGUACAACAGCACGCUGAACGGCACCCACGGCGGCAGCAUGACCAACCUGGCCGACAUGAGCGAGGGCUUCCCCGACAAGGAGAACGGCGGCUUCAGCAGCAUGGAGGACCCGUUCAAGGCGAAGACCCCCGUGUUUAACAACACCCCCCAGGACCUGCACACAGACCCCUUCCACUCUGAAGACCCCUUCAAAACAGACCCUUUUAAAGGUGACCCUUUCCAGAACGAUCCUUUCUCGAAGCAGCCACCUGCCCCCGCAGACCCUUUUGGGGGCGACCCUUUCAAAGAGGCCGACCCGUUCAGGACGACGUCGUCCUCCGAAGACUUCUUCAAGAAGACGGGCAAGGCCGACCCCUUCACGUCCCCGGACCUCUUCAAUAAAAGUGCCACGCUCCCCUCCAAGCCCAGCCACUAUAGCGGCAGUCCGAGCCACUUCAGCGGAAGCCCCAGCCAGUUCAGCGGAAGCCCCAGCCAGUUCAGCGGGAGCCCCAGCCACUUUAGCGGAAGCCCCAGCCAGUUCACCGGUAGUGAACCCUUCACCUCCACCAGCCCGAAGCCCAAAGGCCCAGAUCUCUUCGGAACACUGGACCCAUUCGGAAGCGGCUCCUUUGGCAGCAACAGUGGAUUCGCAGAUUUCAGCCAAAUGUCAAAGGGCUUCCCCGAGGACAUCUUCAACCGAAAGCAGCAGGACACGCCGGCCCUGCCCCCGAAGAAGAGCGUCCCGCCCCGACCCAAACCCCCCAGUGGUAAGAGCACUCCGGUGAACCUGGCCGGGCUGGAGGACUCGGCCAAGCCCGGCGACCCUUUCCAGCCCUUUGGCACGGAGGCGGGGGACCCCUUCCAGAGCAAGAAGGGCUUCGGAGACCCCUUCAGUGGCAAAGACCCGUUCGCCCCUUCCUCCUCAAGUAAAGCCUCUAAAGAAUCUUCCUUGGGUUUUGCAGACUUCAGCUCUGAACAGCAAACGUUAAGUUUGGCAAUGAGGCGCAGCAGUUAGAGUGGGCGAAGAGGGAGAGCGAGCGGGCGGAGCGUGAGCGUCUGAAGAGGCUCCGGCAGCAGGAGCAGGAGGACCUGGAGCUGGCCAUCGCCCUGAGCAAGGCCGAGAUGUCCAACGCGUGACCGGCCCCAGCGCCCCCUCCCUCCCCUCCCCUCCCUUCCGGCCGGACUGUCCAUGCGUAUCCAUUUUCUCACCGAACCCCACUCGCCUGUGACUGACCCCCUGCCCCCUUUUAUUUUACUUGAUGUAUAGGAGAGCGAGAGGAGUCUGUGGUUCGUCAAUGAUGUUAUUAACUGUACAUGCACUGUAUAAACUGUACUAUAGUGGCUGACUGAUGUAUUAUUUAAUUACUUUGUGUGUCUGAGACCGGUGGAGGAAGCUUCUAGAGAGGUAGUAUGUCAGGUGGAUGACGCUUCUCCGCCAUGCCGAGGUGCAAAAUGGAGAGAAAAAAAAGAAGAGAAAUCUUUGUACGCUUUGCUUGUUCGGGGCUGUUGUCGAGCAGACGAAGAACCGUUUCUGGUGGAAGGUUCUGGAAAGUUGUGUGUGAUGCGAAGAUCAUGUGAUUUCCCCACACAGAUUCUCGGUACUCCGGUAUGUCUUAACGAACAAAAAAAGAAACGGACCUGGGCAAACGGAAAGGAUUUUUCAGAGCAUUCUAACGUUUUAAAGCUAAACACUGUUUUACUUUAUUUUAGCUUGAGAAUCGUAUAUUCUUUUUAGAAAGUAUCAUUUUUUUAAUACAGAGGAAAAAAAAAAAGUUUACAUUUUUAUAUAUAUAUUUUCCAUGUAAAGUUGGUGGUCCCAGUCUGGCAGGCUAACGUACAUACGACGAGAUCUACAAGCACAAGCUGCAGACUCUUAUGGUUUUGAAUGCGUCCCUCAGAUGUUGUUUCACAGACCGCGUCAUGACAUUGCUCGUAAUAAUCACGUUAAGUAGCUGCUUUUGAAUAUGGGUUCUAAACCGUUACCGACUGCACUGUACACGCGUUUCCCGUAAACCUUAAUUUGGUUUGAAGUUAGCCGAUUCAUUGAAGAGGGUUUUUUUCUUUUUUUCUUUUCUUUUUUUUUUUAAAUAACCCACACGCAAUUUAAUUUUGCUUGGCCAGCUCGAUUUGUGCGUUACUUGAAGUUGCAGCGAACGGGUACUGCUUCACACAUUGAGAGCUGUGGUUUCCUUUAGUAUAAUGAGUUAGCCUGAGUUGAAACUUUUGAUUUUGAUGUAAUGGUAGCAAUGGCGAAGGUGAUUUCCUUUAAAACAUUGAAGAGUGAAAUUUUAGAUGUUUGCCCCAGUGUUCGGCCUCAUGGCUUUUUCCAGGUAUACCUCUCCCGAUUGUGGCCGGGUAGUAUGUGAACCCUGAAAAUAUAUCUUUGACCAUUGUGUAUCCACCCAUGCAGUUUACAUGCUGUUCACUUAAGAAAAGAGAAUUACUGCAGCUUUCCUGAGCCACGUGUGAUCUAGUGAAAUUGUAGAUUUAAAAAAAGUUAAAAAAAGAAAAUGUUUUAACACCUGGGUUUGGGGAAGGGGUCUUAUUUUUUUCUCUAAUAUAUGAAUAGCACAGUAUCAUCUGGUGUGCUGCUUGGUGUAAUGGUAGCCCACAACCUGUUACCGCUGUUUUUGGUUACAUAUCUGGGUUUAAUUUUAAUUUUUUUUAUUUGCUAAAAGUGAAAGAUGAUAAAUGAUUUGUGCAGGUACCCCCUAUGCCCCCUUUGGCUUUUGUACAUAGCUGCAUUUGUCUGUGGUCUGCUCCUCUCAUGUGGCCUAUAUUUUCUCUGCUUGUGGUGUUUUAAUCACAAGAGGACGCCUACUGUACCUAAUGCCCCGCACCCUGCUGUGCCCUCAGUCCACUGACUGCCCUCUGCCAUUCGGCGUUCCCCACGGGUCAGUUCAGGGAGCGUACGCUCAGAUCUCACUGUUAUAUCCCCGUUUCCUCCCCUUAGGCUUUCGGAACAACGGAGAGACAGUUUAGGUUUCGGUUGUUGCAACACCCCACCCCUCCCCUCCCCCCUCUCUCUCUCUCUGCACCCUCAUAACAAACUGUUACAAGUUUCCUGCAGAUAUGACUUUCCUCUUUCGUUUUUGGUACUUCCAUUGUGCAAUAGCUUCUUUUAAGGUAUUUCGCGUUGAAGGACAGCUGCAGGACUUAAUGUAGUUGCGUUUUUUAAAAAUAAUUUUUCCAGUUUCAACCACCUCCCCCUCUUAAUUUUUUAAUUACUUUGACGUAUAUGGAGAUGUUUAUUUCUCCCAAACGCACAAUGUGUAUCCUUGUUACAUUGUCCUGCGCUUUAUUCUGGGUUUUGGCUGCAGGUGAAAUCUGACGCUUAGUGCAUUCCUUCCUCUCUCACCCUCCCUGGGCUUCCCAUGUAGUCGAGAACAAAUGGCAAAUGAACGUGUCAUACCGCAAUGCAUAAGGUGUAUACAAACUGUGUAUAUUUUACGUGUUAUAUUUGUCCUUAUAAAAAGUGAGAAAUAAAAAAAACAAAAACAAAUGUGUAACUUAACUUUUCAAAUGAUUAUAAUAAUUAAAAAGCUUGGAUUUCUUUAGAAUUUUAAUCCUCUGUACAUGGUUAUUGUUUAAUAUAAUAAAAGCAAGGUGACAUUU